GCUGAUUUUUCCUCAUUAAUGGACUAUGAGCGGAACGUACAACGUCAACAGUCAUGUGACAUUAGGAGCCAAUCCCUGCUGUCUGUCUGGGUGUCGAUAGAGCGACCAACUGUGUCCCACCAGGAAGGAACCGAAACUCUGCGGUUAUGGAUUCUUCAAUAGCAACGUCAUUUGUGUCUUUUCUCAUCUUUUCUCUGACUUCUGCAUUUGAAGCAAAGUCUGGAGAUGAUGUCACUCUUCAGUGUCAGAGUCCCAGACAUGAAGCCAUCACAUUGUUAGAGUGGAGCAGACCUGACCUGAAGAAAGAUGGUUAUGUCUUCUUCUACCGAAACAACCGCUCAUAUGAAAAAUACCAGCAUCCAUCUUUUCGUGGUCGAGUGCAGCUGAGAGAUCCAGAGAUGAAGGACGGAAACGUUUCUGUGAUUCUGAAGAACGUCACCAUCAACGACACUGGAACAUACGAGUGUCGUGUUUCUGUGAUCGGCAAAGGACUUAAGCUCAGGAACACCACCUACCUGAAGGUUGAAGACUCAGGUCACACAGCUGGAAACACCUGGACUGAAGAGGGCAAGGAUGGAGGAGACAAGGAUGAAGGAAAGAAGGAUGGACAUACUGGGAUGGUAGUUGGUCUGUCAGUUACUGGUGUAGUUCUUCUUCUUCUUCUUGGUAUAUUUAGUUUUAUAUACAACAGAAAACAUAAAGAAGCUAUGAUGAUGUCACACCAGCGUCCUCCUGAAAGAGAAAAUGUCCCUCUGCAGGAGUAAAAUGUCUCAGAUCUCUUCACUCCUGAAUCUUUGUGUCCUGCUGCCGUCACACAGAGAUGAAAACAUCUUGUUUUAAAGGAUCAGUGCACUCAAACAACAAAAUAUGUUUUAAAACUACCUGCAUGGCCCAAUGCUACAAGAGAUACAUGAGAAAUAUGAAAUACGAAAAUACAGAAAAAGCUUUAAAAAUAUAUUAUUAUUACUAUAAAUAUCAGGGAGCUUAUUUAAUGUCUUAAUGGCCUUAAAUGAAAAGAGCUUCUUUUAGGGAUUCUACACUCUUCUCCAGUAGUGACCUUGAUGCUCUGAGCAAAGUUGUACAAGCUUUUCAGUGGUGGAGAUGCAGUGUUGUGAGUUAUUUUAAACACCAAAUAUCUGAAUACAAAACUAAAUGAUCAAAGUUCAACAUGUUAUAAAGUCUGGUUGCUGAUGUCUCUGCAGCCGGUGUCUGUACCGACCAAAGAUCAUCUCUGAGGAUAAAGCAGCCUCACUCUGUAUGGUCAGGAGUGUCUUUUUGUAGUUCAACAGCUGAUCGGCUCACGUUUGUUUCUAUAGGGUCAAAAUCUUGCAGGUGAUUCAUGUGAGAUCAAUACGACAACUGCAGAUCUCUAGAGUGGCUAAAAUUACUGAUUAAUGAAGCUUUAAAUGUACAUUUAAAGGUAGAUGGCAAGAUAUGUGUAUUACUUUAAUCUAUAAUGCUAGAUCUGGAGAAUAGCAUGGAUUCAGUUUGAAUUCUAUUAUUAUUAUUAUUAUAUUUAAUAUAUAUGUUUUAUAUAAUACUAAUCUAAGAUGAAUGGGCAGGAUUUCAAACACUAACUAACCACAAGCUCUAAAUUAUACAGCUUAUGAAGAUUGUUAUUGUUGUUAUUUAUUUAUUUUAUGCUCACUGCAGCCAAUCAGCUUUCUUCUCUGCUGCUUCUGUGCUUAGUUGACCCUGGGUGCUGUCUGUCAGGAUCCAAUAAAUCCAACAGUAACUGAAUCUGACAUUAUGACUCUCUAACUGACCUAAUUUUAGUAAUAUUGAUUGAAAUAACUUCACUUUACAAGAAGUCAUAACAGAAGUCAUAAAAAUGUUAUUCAUAUCUAUUGAUAUUAGGGCGAAUUAUUUGACAUUCACAGAUUAUGUUAUACUAUGUCAUAUCUUACUUUGAAUUUCCUGUUUUAGCAAACAAAUACCUGAAGUGUUCUUAACGCCUGAAUAUGGUCAAUAAAUAUGACGCAAUUCUGGUUUUCAGUUUAUUUCUCAGGACAAAUGACACAAGCUCCACUAUGAAGACAGAGAAUCUUGUGCACAGGUGUAUUUAAUCAUAUAUUGUUAAUGAGGUAAUGGUGACAAUCAACUGUGCUAUUGAUCAGUGGUGGUCAGGGUCAGCAGUGAUGAUUGGUCGCCUAUCAUCAUGUCAGUCAGAAACAAUGUUUAAAAUGUGUGCAGCAGAAAUAACUGACUGACUGAACCUGAAAAUCUUCAGCUCAGCAAAUCAAACUGUUUGCUAAAUAUUAUCCAAUCCAAUAUUAUUCUUUAAUAGCAACAGGCCGAGUCCAAACUGUAAUUUAGAAACAUAAAAGCAGUGAAAUAAUUGAAAUAAAUGUCUUGAAGAAAUUAUAUCUCAGCAGGACACAUGAUCAUAUCCAAUGGCGAUUUUAGAAAUCUCAUUGGCCACCCCAGAUCUGAUUGGUUGUUGGUCAAGUUCAUUAACAUAAUAAAGUGGAACAAAUGUUGGUCAAUCAAUGAUGACAGCUGAUACAGGCCCGAUUCCUUCUACUAUAGUAAUGGUUGGACUGAGGCUGUGAAUUUGAAUGUAUCUGUGGAGCUGGGAUAUGUGUAUGUGCUGGAAGCAUUAGCAUUUUGUGCUAGUGAUUAGCUUUAGCGAUUAGCAUAUGUAAUUUACGGUCUAACAUGUGUUAAUAGAUAGCAUUAAAGGCCAUUUUGACACAACAAAGCCCAUGAAAUGUUUAGUUUAUGUUCAUCCACCACAGUAGUUUGUUCAGUUUUGUUUAAUAGCAUUUUACUGUGUUGUGUAAGUAAUGUUAUUUGUGUUCAGAGUGUGUAAGAGUGAGAUUAUUGCUGUGAGUCUGUAGAGAUGCAGACUGGAAAGUGAGUUUUAUUGUUUUCCAGCCAAUGUUAGACUGUCUACAGUAGUUUAUACUGUAAACACUGUUAUAACGUGAUGUUUUCAAUGUGUAUGAUCUAUUGUUUCUGUAUUGUGUAGGAAAUGUUCAGGUGCAGAUGUAGGUAUUUGUAGUGUUGUUUAUGGGAUGUUUGAAGUAAGUGAAGUCCAUUGAGAACUCUAAAGCAGGACUGUAAGCUAAAGUUAUUAAAGUUCACAGUUCAGAGAUAAUAGAGCUGAUGCAAGCUGAGUUAACACUACAAUGAUAUGAAUAACAUGCUGACAACCAUUUUAAAUGUGUUUUGCACAACACAUUUAUUCACAGUUAACCCCUGUGAAUAAAUGUGUUGCAUCAGUUUGUACCCAGAGCUUCAUUCUGAACUUGUAACAUAUAAUAUAUUUACUGCACUACAAGGCAACUGCUCAUAUAAAUGUGUAGACUAUCCUGAACAUAAUCACUGAUUGAAUAUAGACAUGUUUAAAUAACCACUGCUUCUCAGAGACUGUGAUUGGUGCAAAUGGAAAACCUAAUGUACAUGGAGUAGAAGACUGAAUAGACUGGUAGCUGCAUGUUAGAGCUGUUGUAGGUUGUAACAUCAUCUUUAGAUGUUGUGGAUGGUCAGUAUGGAACCUGUAGUUUAAUGCUGUGUCAUGAAAUGUAAAAACAACAUCCUGGUCUGAGUACAAACAUUACUAUUGAUGCUAACAUGAGUUUUUAAACUCAGAUAUGAUUUCUCUGUGCAUAGAUUGAAGCAAUGUGAUGAUUUGAACAUCUGUAUUUACACAUUUUGAUCAGCUGUCAUUCAUUAAGGUUCACUAUGUGAUGGUCACCCCGGUCAAAAUGUUCUAUUCUGUUUUACAAGCUUCAGCAUUAGAAAACAUAACUGCAUCAGAAGCAGUGAUUGUGAUUAAUAAUGCCGUCCAUUUAAUUUCAAAAUAAAAUAAAAGUAAAAUAA